CCUGAAUUCGCAGAGCAUUGGUUUCUGCAAGGACUCCUGAACUGGCAGAACAUUGGUUUCUGCGAGGGAUUCCUGAAUUCUGGUGGAAGUUUUGUUGAGGCAUUGUCGCUCAUCUGCAACAUCCUCCUUCCAAAAUGGCUUCUGGAUCCCCGAAAAAGACACCGAGCCCUCGUCUUCUGCUCAGGGAAAGACUGAAGCCUGAGACUCUGCUUCCCUCUAAGUUCCAGAUUCUCAACAUCAAGAAGGAGGAUGCUCCCGACGGCACUGUGGGGAGUAUUCUGCCCAGAAUUAGCCCAUUUCUAGACAUGAGCGAGACUCGUCCAAAGCUGCCACCAGUUGCCCCGAAACAGAGCUUGUUUCGGGUUUCCCCACCAGAGAUGGUAUUUCAGAACUUCGUCGCCCAUGAGGUCUCUGAAAUGGCACUGUCCUUCAUGAAUAAGGACAAGAUUUCUCGGAUGGUGAAGGUCUGCAUGGAGAGCUCACCUUAUUUCGAGCUGGCGUGCCCCAGUGAUGUGUACCACAUCGUGCCACCGGGCGCGUCUGCCCGUGUGCGCAUCCGCUUCACCCCUGAUGAGAUCAAGGAUUAUUCCCACGAGCUCGUCUGCAUGACUGCAAAGGAAAGGAUAGUUGUGCCAAUUCGGGCCAUUGGUGCCAAAGCUAUCCUGGAAUUCCCUGACCACCUGGACUUCCUGAAGUGUCCAGUCAAGUACAGCACCCAGAAGACUCUGCUGGUUCGCAACACUGGUAACCUGGAAGCUCAUUACCAGCUGAGCACCCAGAGUCCUUUCUUCGUGGUUCCAGCCACGGGAACUCUGGGCGCUGGUGACAGCAUGCAGGUGACAGUGGGAUUUCACGCGCUGACGAAUGGUGACCAUUUCGGGUCCCUGGUAGCGUGCUGCAACACAGGUGAGUGCUGGGCCCUGCACAGGGCACAGGACAGUGAAGAAAGGAUCCACACAAAGCUCCAUGGAGAAGCUGUAGAUCUCAACCUUGGGUUGAGCACAAGUUCCGUGGAGGUUGAGAAGACUUUCAUCACCAUGUCAAACCACACAACCGUGUUCAUUCAAAACAGGAGUAACAUCACAGCCCACUUCCAGUGGAAGACUUUUCUUGAUGAGGAAGAUGAGAAUGAAGUGAAGAGGAGGCAGUGUAAUUCGCUGCACGUGCCAAGUGAGGUGUGGAUGGAAACCUUAAUGGAGGAGGAAAAAAUACGGAAGGUGAAGGGCUUUUGUGAAGAUCGCAUUGGCAUCCUGAAGAGCAUGGUCGAGGAGGAGGUGGCAAAGGUGCAACAAGACCCCAUGCUGUUCUCCGAUGAAGUUUUUUUCAUUGAGCCAUUGGAGGGAGAAAUUGGGCCGCAUUGUUCGGCCGAAAUCAAGGUGACCUUCAAACCCCUAAAGGCACUGAAGUACCAAAGUAUGGCUUACUGCAAUAUCUCAGGCCGUGAGAGCAGGAUGACCCUUCGCCUCAAAGGGGAAGGCCAAGGACCUUUGCUUGAAUUCAGCUGUCCUUCACUGAAUCUUGGGAAAAUUCUUGUUGACACCCUCCACGUCUCUGAGGUGAAGCUGAUUAACCAAGGAGCUCUUGAUGCUCCCUUCACCUAUAUCCCUUCAACCAGGAAGGGAUUCUGCUUCAAGUUUGCACCUGAGGAGGGCAUCAUUGCACCAGGUGGGAUCCAGACUAUUCAGAUCUCCUUCAAUGCCACCGUGCUGGGGAUGUUUGAGGAAGAAAUCCAGGUCAGUGUGGCUGGAUCUCCUACGCCUGCCAUCCUGACCAUCAGGGGGUGUGUCGUUGAACCGACUGUACGCUUCAGUGUCCAUGAUGAGCUCAGCUUCGGGGACAUCUCCUUUGGCUUUCCCUACACCAAGAGCUUUCGCCUGACUAACACCUGCCCGGUGCCCGUGACGUUCAAGCUCCGCAUGUUGGACGAUGACACGCAGCCUGCUGUGAAUAGCUGUGAUCAAAUACACAGCGACAGUGACCCAUCCGGGACGGAGGGAAUUCAUUUUUUCCCGGAGCCAAGAGAGUUUACAAUGAAUCCCAUGCAAGGGACCAUCCUCCCCCAGGGACACCGGGAUAUCAAGGUGACCAUGUGUUCCAAAACCGUGAUGGAAUUCUGCCGGAAAAUGCUGGUGGACCUGGAGGGUAUUGGCGAGGGAGUGGCAUCACUGACCAUCACAGCCAGGUGUCUGGUUCCUGAGCUGUACGUGUACCCUCAAAUCCUGAUGUAUGGUAAAUGCCAGCUGAAGGAGCCAUAUGAGAGGAAGUUCAUCAUUGGGAAUCCCACCGACCUUCCUGGCUGCUACAGGCUUAUUCCCCAGAAACGCGAGGAGGACUCUCCUGUGCUCUACUCCAGCCCCAAACCCUAUGGGAUUGUCCGGCCUCGCAGCACUGUAGAGAUUCCAGUUAUAGUCAAAGUCCAAACACUGGGCGAGCAUCGCACCAACGUUCUUGUCGGCGUGUUCGGGGAUGAGAGAAACCCACGGAGAAUAGAACUACAGAGCUCUGGAUGCCUGGCAAAAAUCUGCCUAAGUGAUCGCAAGAUAGACUUUGGCGAGGUCCCAUUAUUACAGCCUACUUCACGAAGCCUUACCCUCUUGAACAAUGGUCUCGUCCCUAUAGACUUCAGGCUAGAGAUCAAUCCCCCACCCCACUGCUUUGCCGUUGAGCCCAGAGAAGGAGUGAUCCCUGCUAGGGGCAAGGUUCCUGUGACUGUCACAGCAGCCCCGGAUGACACUCAGCUUUUUGCUGGCAAUGUCCAGCUGUUCAUUGGGAACAGCCUUUGGACCUCCUGUGCGGUGGAGGUUUUGGGCACUGGCACCACAAUUGUCACAGACAAGCCAUUAACCCCAGAGCUCAACUUGGGGUACCAAUUCAGCCACCUUCCCUGUAUUCGUCAGUUCAAGCUAACAAAUAGAGGCAACCGUGUGGAUUGGCUCUCAUGGAAAGCGAAAUGCUACAGCCCACCUAAGGGGAAGGACCAGAGUGUCUCAGCCCUCAGCAGCCCCAAAGAUGAUUCCCAGAGCCCCAAACGUGCCGCCCCCGUGUUUGAGGUGGAGCUACCGACGGGGAAGCUGCAGCCAGGCGAGUCUGUGGACAUGGUGCUGCGAGGCUUCUCCCGCAUCCCGCAGGAGGUGCAGGAUUAUGUGUUCUGUGAAGCUGCCAUUGAGAUACCCAGCCACAAAGAGAAGAUAAUAGAAACAAUCAUUACCUGCAAGUUCAUUCACCCCUCUAUAGAAGCAUCAGCCAGUCAAUUCUCUUUCCGGGUGGAGAAGAAACCCAGUGAUGUCCUGACACUGCAGUACCAGCCUUUGGCUUUAAAAAACACCUGCCUGCUGCCACUGGACCUUAUGCUGGACUUGGAGCAGCCAUUCCUGGUCUGUGAUGAGGACCAGAAGCCCCUCCCAGACGGCCAGCCUGUGACAGUGGGUGUAGGGGAGACCUGUCAUCUCUACAUCGCAUUUGACCCAGCUUAUAAACUGGAUUUUAAGAGCUGGAAAAUAGAGAAGGUUCUGAAGAUAGACAUGGUCAGGGGCCAUCCUUUUGUGGAGCGUAUCACCCUUCGGGGAGAAGUCCACUUCCCAAAUCUCCGAAUCCAGCCCGGCACCCUGGAGUUUGGCUGCAUCGUGGCUGGCACUGAAGAAGUGCGUUCUCUGGAGAUCACCAACCGCAGCCCACUUCCCGUCGAGUACCACUGGUCAUUCCAUUCGGACAGCCAGGUGAACAAGUUGAGAUAUGAGCCUUACCCACCUAAAUUCAAACCCCAACCACCAAAGGGGAAGAGAACCUAUUUGGAUUACCUGUCAUCUCAAUGGAGACAGUUCAAGAUUGGAAGGGAGGAGGCAGCCAGAGCCCUGAAAGAAUUGCAGGAUUUUAACCAAUCUUUAGGAACAGAGGUGCAAAUACAACUGCCUGAAUCCCCUCGCUUCCCACGAGAGUUGGUGGAAUUCAGGCACUCCGUGGACAUGCCACACACUCCCCUCGAAGUGGAGAAGGUGCAAAUACAACUGCCUGAACCCCCUCGCUUCCCACAAGAGUUGGUGGGAUUCAGGCACUCCAUGGACAUGCCACACACUCCCCUCGAAGUGGAGAAGGCUUUCAGUAUCGUGCCAGUGUCAGGUGUGCUGCAGCCGGGAGAGAGCCAGCAGGUCUCCUUCACCUUCUUUGGCCACCUCAACACUAUCUGCAAUGUCAUGGCGCUGUGCCACGUGGAGGGAGGCCCCACCUACGAGGUGGUGGUGACCGGAGAGGCCUCACGUGUCAGCUACUCCCUGAGCUCCCGGGAGAUCGACUGUGGCUCUCAGAUGUUUAAUGAAAUUCAUCACCGCACAGUCACCCUGGCAAACACUGGCAAGCCUGAAUUCAACUGGGUGCUAAAGCCUAGCACUGCCGACCAGCGUCUGCCUGGCGUGUUUCUGGUCAAGCCCACCACUGGCUCCAUUGCACGUGGCAAGAAGCAAGUGCUGAAAUUCUCUUACAUGCCGGGAUUACCAGGAGCCUUCAGCAGGACUUACCAGCUUAAAGUGGGUGACCUGGACCCAGAAAAUAUCUGCCUGAAAGGAGAAGCGUCCUUUCCCAUGAUCAGUGUGAACCUGCCCUGGAACAUCAAAGGAAAUGAAAAAGAUGAGAUCACUAAGAGUCAGACCUCGAAGACUCAGAAUCCGAAGACUCAGGGCCUGAAGCCCCACAUCCCUCGUUCUGGCAUUGUAUCAAACACUCAGCUGCAGAUAGAGAUGAUGAGGAUGCUGAUAGAGAAGCCUUCUCUGGAGCUGCAGGAAAAGCUCCCAUCCCAUGCCCUGAAGAGCAGGUUCCCUGAGAAGGGGCUGUGCCAGCGUCUUGUCAAAGUUAACCUGCUCGAGUAUGUCCUGGACAUGGGCCCUGUCCUUAAGGGUUACACUGAGACACACACUCUGAAGAUCACCAACCCUGGGCAGAUCUAUGUGUCCUUCCAGGUCAUUGUAUCUGUCCUGCAGGACACAGGUUUCAGUGUGGACCUGAACAAGAUGGAGGACCUGCCCCCCAACCACACCGUGGUGUUUGAAGUGCGCUUUGAAAGUGGCCACCAGCCACAGCGUGACGUGGAUGUGCUGCUGCCCAUAAAGGUGACAAAAGGCCCCACGUAUAACAUCCGCCUCCGUGCCACUGUGUCUGAAAUGUCGCUCGACCUCUCCAAGAAGAGACUGCACUUCUCUGACAUCCUCGUUGGGCAGUGCCAGGUCGAGACCAUCCGACUCUACAACUGGUUCCGAGUACCCUGCAAAUGGUCCAUCGAGCGUGUUCCGAAGAACAAUCACCUCAAAUACAUGACAGUACGUCAGAAGCGGCAGGCGCUGGAGGAUGAGCCCUGUCCCUUUGAAGUGACGCCCUCCAAAGGAACCCUUGGUGCAGGAAAGUGGCAGAACUUGCAAAUCCAGUUUACACCCGAGGCGGAGAGCUCUUACAGGAAUGAGCUGGAGCUUAACAUUUGUGGGAGCAGCAGUCACUUAAAGCUGCACCUCUCAGGAGAAGGUCUGGAGCCACGGUUGGAGUUCAGCCCCCCAGCACUAAAGAUGGGAUGGAUGCUGGUGGACAGUGAUGGGCUGGAGGCCACAGUGGUGGUGAAGAACCCAUGCAACUUCCCCAUUGAGUUUUACUCCCUGGAUUUUGAUGAGCAGUACCUUGAGGAGGAGAAGAUCCUGCGGAUGGCAGUGGGGUCCGAGUAUCAAAAGUGGUUUUUUAUGCCUCCACGUGCCGUGGGUGAGACGCUGCCCCCAGAGGUGCUGGAGGACCAUGAAGCACAGAGGAGGCCGAAGGCUCAACAGGCAGAGCUGAAGGCCAUGGCAGAGGCCAAGGCCAGGGCUGAGGCUGAGGCCAAGGCCAAGGGCAAGGCAGCACCAGCACAUCACAGGACUCUCACAUUCUGUCCUGAGUCCAUGCUGAAAGUGACUGGCAGUCCCAUCUCUCGGGCUGUCAUGCGCCACCUGGGCAUUGACCCGUCUUCAGAGAGGCGUGAAGCGCAGCAGCACAGAGGGAUUGUUGUCAUCCUCCAUGGGCCACCCUGGACAGGAAAGACAGAGAUAGCAGCAGGCCUGUGUCAGUAUUAUGACGCUGCUUACGUGUCCAUUGACACCGUGGUGAAAGAGGCCAUGGCCAACGAUGGGAGCCCAGCAGGGCUCUGUGCCCGGGAGCUCUGCACCAAGGCUGCCAUGGAGACAAAAGACAAAGACAAAGGUGAAAAGUCUCUGACCAUGAAUAAAGAAGCCUCUGGGGAAAAAAUCAGCAAGAAGGAUGCCAAAGGCAAGACCCCUUCAGCACAAAAGAAGAAGGAGCCAGGCAGCAAACUCGACAAAAAGGACACCAAGUUCACAGUUUCCACUGCUCCUGCGCCGCAGCAGCUGAACAUCAGCAGCAGUCAUGGGGAAGAGCUGAACUGCUUGAGCUGUGUGCUGCCCGAGGACCUGCUGGUGGACAUCCUCAGUGAGAGGCUGAAGUGUAAAGACUGCUACAAGGGAGUGGUCUUUGAUGGCUUGGAAAGCCUCUUUGCAAGCAGCCUGGAAUCUUCUCUUCUCUGUGUACUCAAAGCUGUCAAAAAUCGUCGUCACAUCUUCAUAUUGAACCUGCAUCAGGAUUAUGCUUCUUGGAAAGCCAGGGUUGAAGCUGAAAGAGAGAAGAAAGAACUGCAGUGGGAAAAAGCUAUUGAGAGGAAGAGAAAACCUUUAUUGCAAAUGACUGAGGAUGAGUAUGACGCCCUCCCUGAGAAGAAGAAAGCAGAAGUGGAUAAAAUAUUCCUGGAAUGGGCGCGCAUACGGAGGAAGAGGCAACUGAAGCAGCUGGCUCAAAAGCUUGAGGAGGAGGCAAAAGCCUUAGAGGAGGAAGAGAGGCGGAAGGAAGAAGAGAGGCAGAAGGAGGAAGAGAAGCGGAAGAAGGAAAAGAAGGGUGUCUCUGUGGGGAAGCAACCUCCAAAACCAGAGAAGGGGAAAACCAAAAUCCCAGAGAAGAAGGAAAGCAAAAUCCCAGAAAAGAAGGAAAGCAAAAUCCCAGAAAAGAAGACAAGCAAAAUCCCAGAAAAGAAGGAAACCAAACCCCCAGAGAGGGAGGAAACCAAACCCCCAGAGAGGGAGGAAACCAAACCCCCAGAGAGGGAGGAAACCAAACCCCCAGAGAGGGAGGAAACCAAACCCCCAGAGAGGGAGGAAACCAAACCCCCAGAGAGGAAGGAAACCAAACCCCCAGAGAGGAAGGAAACCAAAAUCCCAGAGAAGUGGAAAUACAAAGCCCCGAGGAUGAGCAAAAUCAUAAUCCCAGAGAAAGGGGAACCCAAAGCCCCAGAGAAGGGGAAACCAAAGGCCCCAAAGAAGGGGGAAACCAAAAUCCCAGAGGACCUAUCUGAGAUGGAGAAUUUGAUCCUGAGGUUUCAGAUCUAUGAGUCAUCACAGCAGAACGUUGCAGAGCUUUCCUCCUACUGGGACAGGGUUCAGGGUACCAUGCAGUUACCUGUGAUCCCAAAGGAAAACAACUCCCAGUCUUCACCUGUAAAGAAAGGUCAGAAGACCAAUAAGCCUCAGGAGAAGGUGGAGAAGGCUGAACAAAAAAGGAGUCUUCAGUCAUCUCAGCUGGAGAUGCAAAGCGAAGUUGCAGAGGGGGCAGUCAGAGACGAGCAUGUCGGGGUGCCGUGCCUGGACAUCCAGGUCUCAGAUCCGAAGGCCACGAUCAGGGAGAUCCUGAGGGAUGGGACGCUGCCAACGGAAGACGAGGUGCUGCAACAUGUGGGACUGCAUCCCGACGGGCCUCCCCUGCCCCCUGCUGCUGUGCUCUCCAUAGUCGAGUACCCAGAGGAGCGGCUGGCCUCUGCAGAGCGCGUGGAGCCCUUCACCAUUGGGGCACCGGGAGGUGCUGCUGUGGAAGACAGUCUGGCCAAGGCCCCUGAUGUGAAGGACAGUUCUGCUGAGGGCCGACCAAAGACAGGUAAAGCAGCCAGCAGAGACAGCUUUGCAAAGGAGAAGCAGAUCUCCACACGGAGAACAGAAAGUCCCUGGGAUUCCUCUGCAACAAGAUCCAAAGGUACACUGGAAAGUGCCUCAGUCCCCACAGAAUUCCUCAGGCUGAAACGGUACCGGUGGAUAGUGCCUGCCCACGGUGAGGUGGAACUGAAGGUCCACUUCUCCGCCAAAAAGCCAGGGAAGUUUGAGCAGACACUGAGGUUUGAGCUCGUGCAGACAAAGCGCCAGUACGAGCUGCCCUGCCGUGGCACCGGCCUGUACCCCAGCAUCAGCCAGAACCCACGGGUGGUGUUUCCACAGUGGAGGGAGACCAUGGAGGAAGAUGAAAUCAUCUUCAAGGAAUAUGUUGAGAGCACAAAGCAAUUCCACUUUGGGCCGCUGCUGUGUGGGAAAUCAAGAGACUGGUACAAGGCCCAGAACUGUCCCAGCAACUCGGAGAAUAUAACCAUCCUCAACAACUCCCCCAUGGACGUAGAGGUCCAGUUCUCCUUUGAGAAUGAUGGGAAAGCAGAGACGUUCCUUUUGGACCCUCCCAGCAUGGCACUGAAACCAAAGGAGAAGCAGGAGCUGACCAUUUGGGCAUACCCCACUUCCCCUGGCUUCCUGGAAGACAAACUCAUCUGCAGCAUUGGGAAGAACCCGGACCCAGUGGUCUUCAGCCUGUGCUGCCAUGGGGUGCACGUGAAGCUGGAGGUCAGCCCCCUGGAGCUGUCUUUUGGCAAGCUGCUUCUGCACAGGACUGACAGCAGGACCUUGGUCCUGAGAAACGGCAACCUGCUGCCCAUGGCCUGGCAGCUCAGCGGGCUGGAUGACCUUGCUGAGGACUUCUCCUUGUCCCAAGAUAAAGGCACCAUUGAUCCCCGCUCAGAGUUUGAAGUGACAGUGCAUUUCAAGGCCAGGCAGAUUGGCAGCAUUAAGAAGACCCUCCGACUAGAGGUUUCAGAUACAGAAAAUGUCCUGGGGAUUGUUCAGGCUGAAAACAUCAAAAUCUCUGCAGAGGUCUAUGAGGUUUCUCUGAGCAUUGACAUGCCCAAAGGUUCAGAUGGAAGCUUGGAAUUUGGAACCAUUAAUGUCCUGGAUAAUGUGAAGAAAGUCCUGAGGCUAAAGAACAAAGGGGUAUACAACAUUGAGUACAGUUUCACGCUGAAGGGUGCAGGUCCCGGGAUGCGAAAAGUGGCAUCCUACUUCACUGUUGAGCCUCAGUCAGGCAUGCUGACUGCCUCCCAGCCUAGUGUGAAUAUUGAGAUACUCUUCCACCCCACAAGUGAAAUCCUCCUCAAGAACAAGCCCAUCCUGUACUGCCAGGUGAUAGAUGCCAGCUCAGGUGAAGGAGGCCAGGUUGUCACCAACAUCCCAGUGAUGGUGUCAGCAAAAGCUGAGUACAGCAAGUACAGCAUUGAGCCUGCCUCACCCAUCGACUUCGGUGCCGUGAUCAAGGGCACCAAGGAGACCCAGACUGUCGUGCUGGAGAACAAAGGCAUGCUCGGCUUCAAAUUCCGCAUCCACCGAGCGCCCAAGGAGGCAUCUGCAUUGGAAAGCAAAAGUUCAAAGCAAGGGGAAUCUGCUCCAUUGCCUACAAAGCACUCAGCAAAGAAAUCAAGCUCCUUGACACAGGGUCACCUCAAUCUUGGCAUGUUCACGGUGUCCCCCUGCUCCGGCUCCAUCCGUCCCCGGGGCCAGCAGAAGAUCACAGUGGAAUGCCUCGCAGAGCAGGAGGGGACAUGUGAGGAGCAGCUCUACAUUGACAUCCUGGGCAGAGACCCCAAGGACAAUCCCCUCGGCAUUCCCUUUACCUUGAUUGCCGAGUCCUGCGUCCCAGGACUCAUUGAAGAUGUCACGUUAAUCUUCAAGGAGUACCCGAUCUGCAGCAGCACCGACCUCAGACACAAGAUGCAGUCGGUGAAAGGCACGGGCCUGUUUGUCAGAGAUGAGAACAGAUUCAUCUUCAACAAUGUUCUGGUUGGGCAAGAGGCUGUAGCUCAUUUCAGUAUCUAUAGUGCGAGCAGUCUGCCAUGUGACGUGGUCCUCUCCAUCAAACCCCUGCCUGGAAAGGAACAAAUCCCUAUCAAAAACAUUUUCAAUUUGGAUCCAGUCAAGAUGUCCGUUCCUGGCUCAUCCUAUGCCGUUGCUACGGUGACCUUCACCCCGCCAGAUGAGCAGAACUACAACUGCACAUUCACGGCUUCCCUUGUCAUCCCAAAAGGCUCUGUGAAAAUCAAACCCCAAACCCUGACCUUCACCAUCAGCGGGAGGGGGCACGAGCCGCAGCUGACAGUCGUGUGCCCGAGUGCUCGCAGCGAGAGGGGAAACGCCGUGCUGCGCUUCAAGAGGCUCCGGCUGGGGGAUUCAGAGACACUGCCCCUGGUCAUCCGUAACAACGGCAGCAUACCUGUCAAGUUUAUGUUACACCUGGAGGAUAAGCAUGGAGCGUUCUUCUUGAAAGGCAGGGCCUCCGCACUCAGGAUAUUCCACACUGAAGAUGUGGAAGAGGACUCCGUUGGAAACGAGAGCAAGCCCCCAAAGAAGUCUUUCUUCCUUCUGCAUUGCGGGCAAUCGACAGAGUUUGAUGUCAUUUUCAAACCCACGCGGGCUCGACGUCUGGAAGGGGAGAUUUGUCUCUUCAUGGGGGACAUCUGCUCUAACAAAACCCUAGCAGAGCUGGUGGGUGAAGGCCACAAGGAUAAAUUCACCCUCGAUGGCCUAGAGGAAGACACAACGGAGGGGAAUGCUGAGAGCAGUCUGAAGAAAGACAUCAUUGAUGCUGUCAGAAUGAAUCACCUCCAGUUUGGGGACUGUCUUGUCGGGAAGCGCCGCAGCAGGACCUUCACCAUCACCAACCACACCCGUAGGAAGGUCAUGCGCUUUGAGUGGGAGGCAGAUGCCCCAUUCCAGUUCUCCCCCAAGGUGGGACACCUCCAUCCUGGCUGUGCCAAGGACAUCACAGUGACUUUGAAAUCAGAUGUCCCAGCCACCUUCAGGAGGCACCUUGUGAAAUGUAAGGUGACCAAGAUCAACUUUGAGCUGCCACAAAGGGAGGUUCCUGACUGGGAUGACCGAAUGUGCACUGUCUCAUGGAAGAGUACCACCAGGAAAGACCCGGAAGACAAAUUCCCUAAAAUAGAGAAGGUGGUCGAGAUAGACCCAGAACCGGCUCACACUGUGGUGGAGGAGAGCAGCCAGGAGGCCGAGGUGUACCUCAGUGCCGUUGCUGCCCACAAGCAGUUGAAGCUGAAGACGAUGGUGGUUCAGUUCAAGGAUACCCGGCCCUCCCAGACAAGGACAGCCACUUUCAAAAUUCACAACGCAGGGAAGGAAGCCCUGGAGUACUCCUGGGAUUAUGCCGCAGAUAGAGAACCAGUGAACAAGCCAUUCUCACUCACUCUGAUGCGUCGGUUCCUCUCCGAUGAAACUGUAAAGCAUCGCAGAAAGCUGCUGCUUAGUUACUGGUGGGACCUGGAACAUCCUCCUAAGAUAGUUCCUAAAGUGCGGCAGCGGCGGCCUGACAGGAGGCUGCGGUUAGCCAGAUUGCGGCAGGAGCGGCGAGACCGGCAGUGGCGCUGGGACUGGAUGUGGCAGUGGCAGCGGCAGAAUAAGGAGAUGCAGGAACUGAGGCUGCAGCUGCUGCAGGAAUUGGAGCAGCAGCAGCGGGAUUCCAAGCAGCAGCAGCAGCAGCGGGAUUCCGAGCAGCAGCAGCAGCAGCGGGAUUCCGAGCAGCAGCAGCAGCAGCAGGAUUCCGAGCAGCAGCAGCAGCAGCAGGAUUCCGAGCAGCAGCAGCAGCAGGAUUCCGAGCAGCAGCAGCAGCAGGAUUCCGAGCAGCAGCAGCAGCAGGAUUCCGAGCAGCAGCAGCAGGAUUCCGAGCAGCAGCAGCAGGAUUCCGAGCAGCAGCAGCAGCCCAAGCAGCCAGAUCCUUCCAAGAAGAAACGCCGCUCAAAGCAAAAGCAUGUCUCUCUGCAGCCUGUCAGUUCCUCCCUGGAAAUCUUCCCAGAUUUCACCCAUGACGUGCCACUGUUCUCCAUCAACCCCUCCUGUGGCGUCCUUGCUCCUGGCCAGAAGCAGACCUUUCAUGCGCAGUUCUCCCCAAAGUGUGUGGGGAAUUUUAAGGCCACCGUGCUGUGCAGGAUUCCUAACCUGAAGCCAACUCAGAAGAGGGUGCGGGUGAUUUUGAAAGGCAGAGCCCGGGAGGAGAAGAGUCUUGGUAAACCUGAAGAGUCUGUGUUACGGCAGACAGAGCAAGGCCAGAGACCCGAGAAGCAGGUGCACGGGAAACUACCACCUGAGUGACAGCAUCUGUGUCAGCUGGAGCAUCCGGCAGGAGCCGGCAACAUCGUCUCUUCUGCUGCUGAUGGUCUCCCACCCUUCACCGGAGACCUCUGCAGCUACCCUUCCAAGCUCCAGUGAAGACCUCUCACUUACCUUUUAGUUACCUAAGUUAAUUAACUAAUUGUUAGUUGUUAAUCAAUUGUUCGUUAAUUGUUAAUUAAACAAUUGGCAAUAAAUCGUUAAUUGUCA